AAAGAGGAAGGUAAAGGAAAGAAAAGCGAUGGUGCUUGCGAUUGCGAUUGUUGCUCGUCAUGGCUAGGGUUUCUUGGUGCUUGUAAAGAGAAAUAGGGUUGGGGAUGCCAAAGUGACACGAUGGCCCGUUCCUCGUGAGGGCGCGCCGCGCGAUCGGCAGCUGGAAUGAUCGCGCGCUCUUCUUCCGGGCCUGGAAUUCGUCCUGAUUUCGCGAUCUUGCGCUCGCCCCGGCGCUAGAUUUCGGGAAAUUCGGGGGGAAGCCCCACAUUCUCAGCGAAUGUGUUCUUGAUCGCGGCGAUCUCAAUCCUUCCAAGACGGGGGCUGCUUGCUGCGUGGCCGCCCGGCGGCCACGCAAGUCUCUCGAGGACGAUGUGGUGGAGCAGCAGCGGCAUUACAGGCAGAGAAAUCCCUCCCAAGUCUCGGGUAGCUGGGGUAAGUCCCCGGUGGACGAUUUCGAGGUCUCGGUCCAUGGUGGUCCGCAGCUACGCAGGCUCUCUUUCUCUUCUGGGAGUAGAAGUGGAAGCCGGAUAGCAAGCUCGCCUGUGAGCCACCAGCGGACCUUUUCUGGCAGCUUGUUCUCGCAGGGUGUGAGCCCCUCGGAUAGCUUUCGAACUUCUCAAUGGAAUUUCAUUGGAGGAGCGGCAGACUACAUCUUUGCUCUACCAGAUUCGGUUAGCCCUUCUGGUCUUUUGCAUUCCAAGGAGUCCUUUUCGGAACCCGCAUCUUCUCAUCGAGAGAGAUUGAGAUGGACGAGUGCCAGCAGCCCGUCGGAUUUUUUCUCUCCCCAGGACUCCACGAACAUUAGCAUGGAGCAGCUCAAAGUUGCCGGUUUGCUCCGGCCCCCGGUUGAGCUACUGACUUGCGGCCUGUGCGCACGCUGGUUGUCUCAGGCGUCGCCGCUGAGCUCACUGCCCGUGGUUGGAGUUCUCUCCUGCGGCCACGUGUUCCAUGCGGAGUGCCUCGAGCACUCGGUUCCACAGGGCCAAAAGCAAGAUCCCCCAUGCCCGCAUUGUGUUUCGUCGGAAAGGUCCCUCAAGAGCGCCUCCAGCAAGAGUCUCACGCAGUCAUCGUCGUCCAAAGGCAUACUCAAGAGCUUCUCCCACGCCUCGACGUCCGCAAAGAACAAGCUCUCCAGAGUUGGCGUGAUAACCGACGACGGUUCAGGGGCCGGAAAGGAGCCGCAACUGAGCAAGUUUCCGUCGUCAAGCGGCUCCUCCAAGUCUCAGCUGUCAACUUUCUUCGGUGACAAGACGACUCUCGGGAAAUCCAUCUCCAAGCGGGCGUUCCCAUUUAUCAGAAGGAAGGAUUCGCUGCUGGGCGAAUGCAGGUUCCGGAAGCCGGGCUCUCCCGCCCGAGUCUCGCCCGAGAAAGAUUUCACGGUCGAAGAACACAGCCAGUCGAAAGAAGCUCGGUCGACUUCGUUCAGGAGCCCGUGAACAGGUGCGCAUGGUGGUGCUCUUUGGCAGCAGCUGUAAGAUACUCAUAGGACGCCAAAUCAGUGUAUGUGCCUUGAUACCGGUCUGGCAGCUCUCGUCUGAUUACUCCGUUUUCCUUCUCCAUCAAAUCAUCGUCGUCGACGCAAUGGUCUGUUCAAUCAACAAAGCUUCUCUCUUUUUUCUUUCACUCUUUCUCUCGGCUCGGGUAACACUUUUACUUUAUUGAGAUGCUAACCUUGGUUUGAAGUCUUUACAGAGCUCGGCUCAAGAGAAGGCCUGCAUAAGCGGCCAUGAGAAGAACCGGAAAGGCCACCGUGAAAACUCUCCCCACCAGCUUGAGCCAUCGGUUGAACCUCGGCAGCGGUGCUCCAAAGCACGACCAGAGAAAGACGAUCCAGACGCCUACCGCUACGCCGGUGGUUGCUCCAUCGCUGAGCUCCAAAUGGUUCUUCAAAGCUCGGCACAGCACCCCGGUGGUCAUGUACGAGAGGCUAAACCAGAGGCAGCGUAGCAUCAUCCUGGCAACUCGGUGACGCUCCUUGUCAUCCACUGGGCCCUCGAGCUUCACCAGCAGUGCGACGAUCGACUUCUUGCUCUUCUUCGCCGCCGCUGCCGCCAUCUUUCUCUCGGGUGGAAACGGAGGCUUGUUCUUGCCUCUCGACUCCGGGGACGAGCAGCUCCGGGCAGUGACCAAGUAGACGGCCAUGAGCAUUCCGGCGGUGGCAAUGACAGAGGCAGUGAGAAGACUGAAUGCGAGAGGCUUGUCGCGGGUGUCACUGGAGCUGAGAGUUACCUGUAAGCAAGUGGAGGCAAUGACGCUUAGGGGCGUCAUGGCCACAUUAGCGACCGCUGUGACGACGUCCUCGCGGUGUUCUUCGUGCUCCUCGUCUUCUCCGGCCAUGGAAGACGCUGCUGGUGCUGGUGCUGGUGUUGGUACCUCCAUCGCUGGAAGUGACAACUAGUGCUCUCUGCGCUGCGAGCUUCUUUUUAGCGAGGCCGGCUUUACGUGGAGUGUAUCGCAACACGCUGGUAAAAAAGCUGGCGAACUUAUGUGUGUGCUGUUUUUGCAGCGGUGAUUUCCACUGCUUGAGUAUGUGUGUAGUGCACACAAGAAUCGUUUGGGUUUUAUUUUAUCUAGCA